AAGCAAUAAUCGUAGCUCGCAUUCGACGCAGUGCAUCAGUCGGGAAUUCGAGAUACUGCAAACUGAGCGCAAAUCACGAGACGCAGAGACGGAAGAGAGAGACUGAGAGUCGACCCGCGCGUUACACGCGAAGAACCGCUUUGUUUUCGGAGCCCGAACGGCGAGUAAAGGCGGUGAAGAGGAAGCACGCGAUCGCACCGAACGGCACAACGGUGUCCCGACGCGGUCGCUGGCGCUGCGAGAAGUCGACGAAAUCAUUGACAUCAGGGAACGGCCAUUUUGGCGUGUUGUUUCCCCUCGAUCGAGUGCUCGAAGCACACACACACUCACAUAUAUACACGGUAUCGACGUCCAUCCGUUUUUGAGGAAAAGAUAGUAGAUAUACUACUAUAUUUCCAAAAUGAUGACAGAGACGCAUAUGAAUUCUAACCACAACAUGUUGAAUUCUGGUUUGUCUAACAAACCGGAAAUAGAUAAAAUGGAUGAUGUAGGUUGGAAAGCAAAGUUAAAAAUUCCACCAAAGGAUAAAAGAAUUAAAACAAGUGAUGUUACCGACACACGUGGUAACGAGUUUGAAGAAUUUUGCCUAAAACGCGAAUUAUUAAUGGGAAUUUUUGAAAAGGGAUGGGAGAAGCCAUCACCGAUUCAAGAAGCUAGUAUUCCCAUUGCACUUUCUGGUAAAGACAUUUUGGCACGAGCGAAAAAUGGAACUGGUAAAACUGGAGCGUACUCAAUUCCAGUAUUGGAACAGGUUGAUCCAAGGAAAGAUGUAAUUCAAGCACUGGUAAUUGUACCUACAAGAGAGUUAGCGCUACAAACAUCACAGAUUUGCAUCGAGCUCGCAAAACACAUGGAUAUAAAAGUUAUGGUCACUACUGGAGGCACGAACUUACGUGACGACAUUAUGAGGAUUUAUCAAAAAGUACAAGUGAUAAUCGCAACGCCAGGAAGAAUUUUGGAUCUGAUGGAUAAGAAUGUGGCAAAUAUGGAACAUUGUAAGAUUCUAGUUUUGGAUGAAGCAGAUAAACUGCUUUCGCAAGACUUCAAAGGAAUGUUAGAUCACGUCAUAUCGAGAUUACCACAGGAACGUCAGAUUUUGUUGUAUUCAGCCACAUUUCCUCUGACUGUAAAACAAUUUAUGGAGAAACACUUGAGAGAUCCAUACGAGAUUAAUUUAAUGGAAGAAUUGACUUUGAAAGGUGUAACACAAUAUUAUGCCUUUGUACAGGAACGACAAAAAGUUCACUGCCUUAACACGCUAUUCUCCAAAUUGCAAAUAACACAAAGCAUAAUCUUCUGCAAUUCAACGCAACGCGUUGAAUUACUGGCUAAGAUAACGGAUCUUGGAUAUUGCUGUUAUUACAUACACGCGAAAAUGGCGCAGGCACACCGAAAUCGCGUAUUCCAUGAUUUCCGUGCAGGAUUAUGCCGAAAUCUCGUGAGCAGUGAUCUAUUUACUCGUGGUAUUGAUGUGCAAGCUGUGAAUGUCGUGAUCAAUUUUGACUUUCCGAAAAUGGCAGAGACAUAUCUGCAUCGAAUAGGCCGAUCUGGUAGAUUCGGCCAUUUAGGUAUAGCAAUUAACCUAAUCACGUACGAGGAUCGCUUCAACUUACACCGUAUCGAACAAGAGCUUGGAACAGAAAUUAAACCUAUCCCAAAAGUGAUAGAUCCCAGUUUGUACGUGGCAAGACCAGAAGACAAUAAUAGUAUGGAAGAAGGUAAUGUGUCUAAGUAGUUUCGAUACACUGUCGCAAAAUGAAACUUAUACACGCUCAAAAAGUUUAAAAGUGACAAUGGUGAUUGUGACUCGUACAUGAAGUGUCGUGCGAAUGCCGAUGCGAGUCGUUCUUUGUACAUAGAAGAAUACAUUUAAAUGUAUAUAACAUGUACUGUACAUAAGCUAAAGCAAAUCAGAAUCAAGUCAUUAUCAAGAUGCACAAUAUGUGAAUAACGUACUAAUCAAUCAUUGCAUUUUAUCAUACCUGUAAAUAUUACAUGAGGGUACACACAACAUCGUUUUUAAUAGAGAAUUUUUAUACAACAGCUUCAUUUGUCCAGUAUUUCUUUUCUUCUGUUGUCUAACGAUGAAGAAAGGGGCAUGUAUGAUUUAGAGAAGUAAAACCCAUCGGCCGAUUUCACUGAGUGCAACAUACUCCAAGUGCUCAUUACUUUUGUACUGUUAUGCAUACAUAUAAAUUGCCCUUAGACACUAUUAAGGUCACGAAUUUAUGUAUUAUGUAUAAAUUGCUCUUAGCGAUUUAUAAAAUUUCGAUAUUAAAUAUCAGUUAUAAUUGUAAUUUGAUCAUGGCUUGAUUUUGCUAUUCGUCAAUAUUGUCAUACAACUCUGAAAUUCAAAUCACUUGUCAACGCUAAAACGAUCUUUUUUUCUGUUUAUUCAAUCGCUAGUGGAAUUUUCUUUUCUUUUUUUUUCUUUUUUUUUUUUUAAACGGAAUUAGAUUUUCUUUUUACAGUACCGUGAUUGAGAAUCAGAGGUUGUACAAUUGACUAGUUUUAUAUAAUUAUUUUUUAUAAAGAACUGGCUGGUGGACUCCAUAAAAGUGGAGAUUCUAUGUCUGAUGCUGAUUACAGCAUCCAAUAUGUCCAAUUGCAGCCUACAUUUAAUCGUACAACAAUAGUCGAUCAAGGCUGAAAAUCUAAUAAUAAAAAAAAAAAUGGCAGGUAUUUAUCACCGAAAUUGUGUAGCGUGUAUGUGAGAAGUAAGUGGAGAGCGCUUGUAGACGAAGGCGUGCAUCAAACUAAUAUGCGUGCUAAGUCAUACUACACAUAAAAUGGACGCGAGUCUCACUAUUAUCACAUACUUUCUCUCACGAAAGAUAAAAACAACUGCCAAAGUCUCUGUAUAAUAUAUUGACAUAGAAUCUCUAGAAGUGUCUGUGAAAUUACGGUAUCCACGCGCAGGAAGAUGUGCAAAGAUGUGGAAAAAUUUAGUAUCUGCAUGACUAAGCUGAAAUUUCGAAUUCGAAGGCCACCAGCCAAUAUGACUUAGGUUUAUGAAUGCAAAAAAUUAAUAGGUAAUACCAAAAUAUUUCAUAUUGGAGACGAAUUGUCUUUAAGUGAAAUAUUAACAAUGAUAGAAGGCAGUUCAAAAUGCGCUUAGGACUGCAGUGUUAAUUAUCCGUGAGCUUAACCGAAGACUAUAGAAUAGACAGUAAUGAGAUAACUGCUGGCACAAAAAAUAUGAGAGGAAACUAAAAUUACAGACGAUUGAGUAAAUGUAUGUAGAUAGUAGAUCUGGACGAACGGUUGUUCACUUCACUUCGCGAAAGUACAAGUUACACUAAAUGCUAUUUCGAAAAUUAACAAUAAAUUUUAUGGAUUGCACGAUCAAAUAAGUAGCUCGCGAAUGUAUAAUUAUUGGAUGUAUAUUUAUUAUUAAAAAAAAAAACAAUUUCGUCUAUGCUUUACAAGAAAUAGCAUAUAACAAGAAAAAUUGAACUUUCUCGGGAUUGAUAUUGUAUCAAUUGUACUUUUCAAUUUUAUAUUUCUAUUUCUUUUACCAUCACAUCGGUUCGACAAGACUCCUCUAGUUACGAUUUAGUUGCUGUUGUAUUAUAUAGGAUAGAUAAAAACCUAUAUAACGCAAGCGGAUGGCUUCUCGCAGUGUUGACACUCCGAGAAUUUUACCCGUGAAAAGCAACGAAUGUGACCCGAUGACCGUUUCUGACUUAUCAGAACGUUGUCUUUUGCUUGACCGAGAUAACAAACACAAAUAAUCUGUGAGAUGAUGGUGGUGCCAUUGACCACAUAUAAAAUAAACGCUUUGAACAACCGGAACGAACUGAAAAACUAGCAAUUAUAUCUGCUACGAUUUGAUAAUUAAGUGCCUUUUCACGCUGACGCUGACGCUCGACGCUCGACGCUCGAUUUCAGCUCGAUUUCUUUUAGAAGAUCGUGUGACUGCAAAUAACCAACCGUUAUACUAGUUUUUGGUCACACGAUAUCUUAACGCUAAAGUUGAAUUGUCGAGCGACAAUGUGAAAAAGCACCUUUACAGUAGGCCUCUUUUGUGUCGCCGUUGUCGCGUAUUGUAAUACACCACUGCAGCGCUAAGUGCAUUAAUGUAACUGUCGUAGAUACACCAUAAAAUUUUGGCGUUUGAAAAUUGCGAACAUUCUGUAAUAUGUAAAGCAGUUAAAGGGUAUUAUUAAUGGAUUUACUUUCCCAAUUUGGGAAAACGUGUGGUUCAACAAUUCUGUUGAUCUAGAAAAGUCUCAGGAAGUGGAAUGUAUAGGGCAGGCGUGCAUCAUACCAUUGCAAGUCCAUGAAAUCUUGUGAUGCACGAAUACUGGGAAAGCAAUUAAUUCAUAAGUUCAUUGGAGACGCGAUGCCGGAAUACAUACGGAGCUGAUAUUUCUAAAACGAAGGUUUAUAUGUUGUUUAUACAAAUUGGCCGCAAUAUUUAUUUAAAAAAAAAAAAUCUUACAUCAUUACUAUAUUUACCGCGAAAACAAAAUCUAUAUUAUAUUUACUUUGUCUCUACAAUUCGAUCUUCUUCCUGCCAGUAAGUUUAUCUAACAUGCGAUCUUAUUGAUCAAAUAAGUUUGUCGCCCACUGCAUAUUGAUUUGAUCGAUCGGAAUCGCAUACAUUUGCGUCAUAGUCUAAUAUUACGGUCGCUUUCAUUUUAUUGUCUACUUAAUGUACAAAUGUGAAAUAGGUUCAACGCAAUAACAAUCGUUUCGCUGGCGUAAUUUGCGAGACGUCUUCCCAUUUGCAAAAUACGAAAAUCUUUUAUUCUGUUAGCUUUUUUGUUAUUUUGCCUACAGCGAUUCUAUAAAAAUUCUUUUGGCAAUCUUACGUAGAUUAAGGAAAGAAUACUGCGCUGUAAUCUUACCGCGCCGUAAUUGGAAACACUGAUAGAUCCAUUUUAUGGAAUCUAUUUUGCGAAAUGUAUUUUAUUCAACUUUCGAAAGAGUCAAUUAGCUCAUGCUAGUAAGGAAACGUUAAUCUUCCUACGUAAAACCCUGUUUCUUGCUACUCCUAGCAACGUGUGAAAAUUCUACCAAUUUAUUUGAACUGAUUCUAGUCAAGAAAGAACAUUAAAUUAAUUCAUAAUAAUUAAUCCUAAAAUAUGAUAUAAGAUUUUUGUAUAUUUUAGAAAAUUAUAAAAUUAAGCAAAAUCUUAUUCAUAAUUAUAUUGAUAGAAUCUGCAAAAACCGCGUGCUUUACUUGACUCUUUCUAAAGAAUGAUGUUUAUGGAUGUAUAAAUUUAGAAAAAAGUGGGCUUAAAAAAUCCAAAAAAAAAAAGAAAAACAUUGAUUAGCAAUGUUACGUGAACAGACUGAAGAACGUGGUGAUUUUACAAAUUACCUUUUGCAGCCGUAUGUAUUUGCCACUCUUAUAUUCCAAAUUACAGACGAAUAUAUUAUUUUCCGAAAAAUGCUGGAAAAUAAGUUAACGAAUACACCUACAGCGCAUCGCAUAGCUGCAAAUUGUCAAAGUAAAAGUUUAUUUUACUUUGACAUUUCCACGACCACGUUUCUUCAUGUCUGAUUCUCAAAACUAUCUCCAAGUGUGGUUUUUGCGACUCAUCUUGGAAAUAACAAGGAGUGCCCUUGAUAUGAAAGUAAGCGAAUGUAAUUCGUACGACGUUAGGAAUACGAUUAUGUAACGCGUUAACAUCCGGAUGUAUGUGUGUGUGUGAGGAUUGUGGAGAAUGCUCCCCGGUCAUCCAGGGGGAGGGAGUAUAUUCGUAUAUCAAUGUUCUACGAUUUAAAUCGUAAACGUGAAGGAGAAACAUCUUAAGAACGAGCUCUCUAACAGCAUCGUAGAUCUCGUACCUUCGCCUGAAUUAUUUUCAUUGGUGUGAAACCAAUGCUACGAGCUGCGUGCCAAGCACAUUCCCAACAAACGAAUCGAAAAUCGAUCGCAUCGGAAACUUCAACAUCCGGAAACAAUAUUUCCGCGUUCGAAUAACAUACGCAGCUCGAUUAAUUAUAUUGGAAUUAGAUCUCCAAUAUACGAGAAACAUAAAAAAGUGCAAAAAACCAAAAAAAAAAGAAACAAAAAAGUAAUGUAUACUUCGUUCGAGAUGUAAUCAGUUUGUCGACUCUACCCUACGCUUUAUCGUUUCGUUGAAAAACUUAUUACCAUUAUACACUUGUUUAUCAAAUUGCGGAAUCCAAUUAUCGGCCAACUGCAUAUCUAAACAGUACUAUAAUGUGAUACCUUUGUUACUAUUAAUUAUAUUAUCGCUAUUAUUAACGAGAUAUGAACGAAGAUUUUUCGACAUAACAGACAUCGAUUUAUUUUGUGACGUUAAAAUCUGAGUUUCGGUUGUUCGUAAGUAUAAGGGGUGUAACAUUGCAAAAUUCCUCUUGCGUCUUACAUUUUAGAACCAACUUUCCUGCAUAUGCAUUUUAUAACUGAAAUAAUUGCGAUAUCCCGCGAAUAAUAUCAAAAAGAAAAAAAAAACAAAAAUUCAUCACCCAAAUGGAUGACAUAUAGCAAAAUGAUUUCGCAAUGUUACGCAACUUGCAUUACUAUUUACAAAUAACUCGCAACUCACGCGUGAUUGUGCGCAGAUGAAAUACUCUGUAUUUCUGAUUUUUAUGUGCAUUUGUUCAGACAAUUAAUCUCGUUACCUGUUACCGUUUAGGAUAUGUUCUGUAAGCGGUAUGGAACCAAAUUUAAUAAGGUGUUUUUUCUUGUUUAUCAGCGAUGUUGUCGUUUUCUUUUUCUAAAUUGUAAAGAUGGGUUUGCGCAUGACUAUAAAAUGAAAUUUUUUUUUUACAUACCUUUGCCAUUCUGUUCGCUCAAACCCAAUCUAUAAUAAAUCGUAUGUCAAUUUUGUUUCCCAAAGGGACAAAGCACAGCAUUUCGCCCCUUAAUAAAAAUUCUGUUUCAGUAUA